AUGAAUACACCAAUAUGGUUCGCCAAAGGAAAUAGCUCAUCAAAUGUUGAAUACACUCGUCUUGAUAAUGAUACAUUACAUGAUGCUUUGAAAUUUUAUGAAGAUCCAAAUAACAUGGCAGAAGUUAUUGUCAUAAGAAGUGACAAACGUGGGAGUAUUGAAUUUAUAAUGCAUAUAAGAGAUCGAUCUAGUCAAUUGACAGUAUUCAAAGCACCUUCGUCUGUCGUUCAAAAAUGGAAAGAAUUUUUUAAAAAAUCAAAAAAUUCACGUGUUUCAAGAAGUGCUGAAACUCAGUUUGUACAAGAUUAUCAUAUCGCAAUUAAUUUGGAGAAUGUAGAGCAAUCAUACAAACCAAUACCAAAUCCAGUAAAAAGAAGUCAGGCUAAAAAAAAAAUUGAAUCACCUCCUUACACAGGUCCAGAUCCAAUUUACAUAAGAAUAUUAUUAUUUAUUAAUUAUGGAGUUGAGUAUGUCUCAGAGUCAGAUCUUCAUUUGUAUAAAUUUUUGAUAUAUCUUGUAUCAUUUUGGAAUGCAGUUAAUUUAAAAUUCAAUGAUUUUGUUAAUCCCUCAGUAAGACUUCACAUUUCAGGUGUUGUUAUUGGAAAUAAUAAAUUGGCUGCACCAUAUCUUCAAGAUUCAUUUGAACCAAAUGGAAAAUAUGUUGACAGUAAUUUAGCAUUAUUAAAAUUUAGAGAUUUUUUGAGACAAAAAAAUCAACAAAAAAUAAUGAAUUUAACAUGGGACAUUGCCAUUACACAGACAGAUCUUAAAUUAUGUUAUUGGAAAAAUGUAACUCAUACUGCCUCGAAUGUUGGACUAGCACAUGUCGGUCAAACAUGUAAUAAUGAAAAUUCCGAUGAUAGUCCUGUAGCAAUUAUUCAUGAUUCAAAUAAUUUUCGUGGAAUCUUUACUGCUGCUCAUGAAAUAGCACAUGUUUUAGGAGCAGUUCAUGAUGGUAGUGGAAAUAAUUCAUGUCCACAAAAUGGUAGUUUUAUUAUGCAGUCAAAUAAUGGCUAUGUGUAUGGACCAAACAGCGACACAUGGUCAUCUUGCAGUAUUGAUGAAAUAUUAACAGUAUUCAAAAAUAAAUGUUGGUCGGGUAAUUCAUUGGGUAAUGAAAAUGUUAAUAUACCAGAUAUUUUGCCUGGACACAUGGUCAGUCUUUUGGAUCAGUGUCAAUCACGUAAAUUUACUAAUGCAUGUGAUGAAAGUAAAACAACAUGUGAAAAACUUUAUUGCUGGAACGACAGUGAUUUACCAAAUUUUUUAGAUAAAUGUAUAAAUGCUGGUGCACCACUAAGUGGUACAUAUUGUGGUGUUAAAAAACAUUGCAUUAAUCAAAAAUGUGUGCCAAUUAUUGAUGAUAAUAUUUUAUAA